CAAAGUCUGAAAAGAUGUCAAUGUCAAAACAAAAUAUUUUUGGUAUAAGUAGUGUUACGGUUUUAUAAUUUUAAACAUAAUUGGUUGACAUGAAUAAGGAAAUCGCAAAUCAUAAGAAGCGACAUGUGAUUUGUAUGGCUUCAGAUUUCUUUUAUCCGAAUACAGGAGGAGUUGAAGAGCAUAUUUACAAUUUAUCGCAAUGUUUAAUCAAACGCGGACACAAAGUUGUCGUCAUAACCCAUUGUUACGGCGACAGAGUGGGAAUAAGAUAUCUAACAGGUGGCUUAAAAGUGUAUUAUUUACCUAUAAAAGUAUUUUACGCGCAAUGCGUUUUGCCUACCAUGAUUUGUAACAUAGCCAUAGUACGCUACAUAUUAAUACGUGAAUGUAUUGAAAUUGUCCAUGGCCAUUCAGCCUUUAGUGUUCUAGCGCAUGAAAUUUCAAUCAUAGGCAAAUUGCUUGGUUUGAAAACAGUAUUCACUGAUCACAGUUUAUUUGGCUUCGCAGACACUUCUGCAGUUCUAACUAAUAAGUAUUUACAAAUGUGUCUAUGUGAAUGUGAUCAUUGCAUAUGUGUGUCACAUACUGGAAAAGAGAAUACAGUUUUAAGAGCAAAAGUAAAAGCACACAAGGUUUCUGUAAUUCCUAAUGCAGUUGAUGCUUACAACUUUACCCCAGAUCCUAGUAAAAGGGAUCCUAGUGUGAUAACUAUAGUUAUUGUAUCUAGAUUAGUGUAUAGAAAGGGGGUAGAUUUAAUGGCUGCAGUGAUAGCUGAUAUGUGUCCUCGUUAUCCUAAACUUAGGUUCAUAAUUGGUGGUGAUGGUCCAAAGAUGUGGCUUCUCCAAGAAGUGAGAGAGAGAAAAGGUUUUCAGCAUUGUGUUACCUUGUUGGGUAGUUUGAAACAUUCUGAAGUGCGAGAUACAUUAGUUAAAGGUGAUAUAUUUCUUAAUACAUCAUUAACUGAAGCUUAUUGUAUGGCUAUUGUUGAAGCUGCAUCAUGUGGACUGAAAGUUGUAUCUACUAAAGUAGGGGGCAUUCCUGAAGUUUUACCUGAAAAUAUGAUUUACUUAACAGAACCAAAUGUUAACAGUAUUGUAAAUGGUAUUGAGUUAGCUAUUAAUGAUUUAAAAAAAGGAUAUAUUCUAUGUCCAUAUGAAUGUAACAGAAUGAUUAGAAAAAUGUACAACUGGAUGGAUAUCGCAAGAAGAACAGAGAUAGUUUAUAAUAAAAUUUUAUUGAAUAAAAACAAACCAUUGGGUCAACAGUUAAAAAGUUAUUUGUCUAGUGGUGUUUGGCCAUUCUUACUAGUUAUAAGUUUAAUGUAUUUAUUACUGCAAUUAGCUGAGAGAAUAUAUAAAAGGAAACAUAUUGAUAUAGCCAAGGAUUUAAAAUUGUAAUUAAAAUUAAUUUAUUUCAUAGAAGAUAUUAACAUAAGACUGGUUUUGUGUACAAUUGUUUUUUAGUUGCUUUUUUGAAAGAAUUAGUAUUAAUGGAUUAUUGUUUGUCAUCUAUUCUUUUAUUUUUGUGUAGCCU